GUAGUAGUAGUAGUAGCAGCUCACUGGGAGCUGCAGCAGGUCCUGGAUGUGACCUGAUUUGUUCGAUGUGAUGUGUUCAGUGAAGUGUCGCCUCUCUGGGGAACCUUUGGUGUAUAAUUCAGCGAUUGUGGUGCAUGCAGAGGAUUCACUGUUUUGUUUUUGUUGAAGGAAAACUGAGGUCCAUUAAGGAUUUUGGGUGGGCAUUUUAUGUUUAUUUUGACAUCAAAGCACAUCUGAGGAGAGACUCUUGAUUGUCCUGGACUGUCUCAUGAUGACUAAUCCAGAGCACUUUAAUUGGUUGAAAGAAACCAUCAGUUUGUUUCCAGGUUUGCCCGUGUUUUCCAGCAUGUUUGGGAAGAAGAAGAAACGGCUGGAGAUCUCCGCUCCGUCUAACUUCGAGCACCGGGUCCACACGGGCUUCGACCCGCGGGAGCAGAAGUUCACAGGGCUUCCACAGCAAUGGCAGAGCCUCCUGGCAGACACUGCCAACCGCCCCAAGCCCAUGGUGGACCCCUCUUACAUCACCCCCAUCCAGUUGGCACCAAUGAAGAUAUCUCCCAAGAAAGUCCGGUCUUCCGAAACGCCGUUGCCCAAAACAAUUGUUCGAGGUAACCGGCCGCCCAAAGACGCAUCCAUCAACGGCCUGCUAGAAGAGUUUGACAACAUCUCAGUGACGCGGUCCAACUCCCUGCGUAAAGAGAGUCCCCCGGGUCCCCACCAGGCCGGGAGCAGCUCCAAACCCUCAGGCAGUGGUCGACCCGGCGCCCCAGAGGAAAAUGGAUUCAAUCACUACUACUCCCGCUACUCCUGUGACUUAGACACAUCCAGCAGGGACUUCUCUCUGGAUCCUGGCAAACCAAGCUUCUCCAUAGACGGAGACUGGGCAGUGGGGCGGCACUAUCGAUUCACCAAGCAGAAUGGCCACUCACACCCAAUACGCAGCCCUUUCUACCCAGACGCCAUGCCCCAAAAAUCAGACUAUGGAAAGUUGCCCCCGGACUACCACACCUACCUGGAGAGCAAAGGGCGGUCAGCCGAUGAGGUGGCCUCCACUGUGGGCAGUGGGGUCGGCUCCAGUGGCUACUACCGGGCGUCAGUGGGUGGCUCGUCCAGCCAGGACUACCGGGACACAUCAGUCGGCACACCAUCCCGCGCCUCACUGCACAGUGAGCAGAUCAACUACCCAGACAGUGAGUGGAGCUACGGCGGUCUACGGGACGAAUAUGAAAAGAGACCCAAGAGUUCUUACGUGACGCAGACGAGCCCUACACCAGCUAUCAGGCAGCGAUCUCGGUCAGGCUCUGGGCUGCAGGAGCCAAAUGUCCCCUAUGCAGCCAGCGGGGCUUUCAAGAACCCUCCACAGGCCCAUCCAUACAGCUCCUACACCUACCCUCGUCUCUCGGAGAGUCUCGCUAAUUCACAGACCUUAACUAAGGGUGACUACGAGCGGCCUUCACGUGAUGGCAGUCCCCAGGUUACGGGUGGCGACACCUAUCCCAGAGGGCCUCUUAAGCUACCUCAGAGCCACAGCAAGCCACCUGGCUACCCUCCAGUACACCUGCCCUACCCGCCGAUGUUCCACCAUUACAAACCCUCGCCCUACCACCAUCCGCCCUCGCAGCCGAGCCCACCGUACACCCCGCAGGGGGCCUACUCACAGCCUUCAUCACCUUACAUUCCCCCGGGGGCUUAUCCCCCUCCUUCCUGGGGGUCAAGCUCAGACACUCAGCCCUCCAGAGUUUCCCAUGAGCAGUUCAGAGCUGCUCUCCAACUGGUGGUCAACCCAGGCGACCCUCGGGAAUACCUGGACAGCUUUAUCAAGAUUGGCGAGGGCUCCACGGGUAUCGUGUGCAUCGCCAGUGAGAAACACAGUGGCAAGCAGGUGGCUGUGAAGAAGAUGGACCUCAGGAAACAGCAGAGGAGAGAGCUGCUUUUUAAUGAGGUGGUGAUAAUGAGGGACUACCAUCAUGAGAACGUGGUGGACAUGUACAACAGCUACCUGGUGGGUGACGAGCUGUGGGUCGUCAUGGAGUUCCUGGAGGGCGGAGCACUCACUGACAUUGUGACUCACACCAGGAUGAACGAGGAGCAGAUUGCUACGGUGUGUCUGUCAGUGCUGAGGGCUCUGUCAUACCUGCACACACAGGGCGUCAUCCACCGCGACAUCAAGAGCGACUCCAUUCUCCUGACCAGUGAUGGAAGGAUCAAACUGUCAGACUUUGGCUUUUGUGCACAAGUUUCCAAAGAGGUGCCCAAAAGGAAGUCCCUCGUGGGCACGCCGUACUGGAUGGCACCAGAAGUCAUUUCUAGACUACCUUAUGGGACGGAGGUGGAUAUCUGGUCUUUAGGUAUCAUGGUGAUUGAGAUGGUGGAUGGAGAGCCACCUUACUUUAACGAGCCCCCUCUGCAGGCCAUGAGGAGGAUACGAGACAACCUGCCGCCACGGUUAAAAGAAUCACACAAGGUGUCCUCUGUGCUGCGAUCUUUCCUGGACCGGAUGCUGGUGAGGGAACCCUCUCAGAGAGCCACGGCCCAGGAACUCCUCCAGCACCCUUUUCUCAAGCUGUCGGGCCCUCCUUCCUGCAUUGUCCCACUCAUGAGACACUACCGCCACCGCUGACCUGGUGGCUCAGACACACCCUUUACAACACUGAAAUCACAUACAUAGCCCACUGUAUACACACACUACCAGGGUGGCACUGCCCUCACCCAGCCGAAACACUCCACCACCUGGUGGUGCGCCACUAACACUCACACCUGUAACCGUGAAGUAGAUUAGCUUGAGGAAUAUCUAAUAAAUACGUAAAAAAAAAAAAAAUACAUGACACAGAAAAGAGGAAAAAAAAUGUGUCUACAACAUUUGAAAAAUACAAACUGGAGUAGGUCUGUGCAAGAAGAACUCAGUAGACAUCCAGUAGAAACGUAAGGGCUGGCUCACCCUGCUGCAGUCUUCUCUCCUUAUAGACUGUGAGUGUCCGGCUCCAUGUAGAGUUGUAGUAGCUGUCAGUGAGAGCCUCAGAUGUUUGUGGCGAGGUGGAGAAACACGGAGGACUGAUGCUCUGCUCCAGACCAGAGCAACAGAGGGCAGAACAGUCGGCUUAGAGCAGAGAGAAAGAGGAAAAAAGCGAUGGGCACUGACUGUCAUACAGGUGCUGCGUUGUCAGUCCAUCUGAAGGACAGGCUCCUGUUCAGCUGAGCAGAUGGAGACGUCUUCUCACACGCUAACAGUGAAAAUGUAUUUUAGAGAAACUUGUAAGUUUUCCUGUACAGUUUUGAUAAUUUGCAGUAUUUUAUCGUGUCGUAACCAUUGUGAUAUGAGCAGUAUUAAACAGAGUUUCUGCAGA